AUACACGAUUGGCAUCUUAGAUAAAAUGGCAGCCUACAUGACCAAGUACAGAAGUAAAUGAAGCCGUGUUUCCUAAGUCUAAGAAGGAAAGAAAAGCUGCCAAAGCUGGCCUAUUUUGAACAAACACUUACGGCACUCCACUUCUAGUGAUGUCAAUCAUGUCACCUUGGCUGAAAUCAAAUUUGCGACAUUUAGUUCAAUCAACCCAGAGGUCACUGUGGCACAAGAAAGUGCUCAGGUGCAUCUAUUCCAAGACAGGGAUAUGGGAAUCUGAUUUAACAGUUGAAACAAGGAAAGAACUGGAGAGCUAUUGGAGAGAUCAUCUUGCUCAACAAAACCAAAAAUCUGUAUUGCGUAAUCAGGAUGAGAAGGACAAGUUCUAUGCCCUGUCUAUGUUCCCGUACCCAUCAGGAAAGCUUCAUAUGGGACAUGUUAGGGUUUACACUAUCAGUGAUACCAUAGCCCACUUCCAGAGACUCAAUGGAAAACAGGUCUUACAUCCAAUGGGUUGGGAUGCAUUUGGUCUUCCUGCUGAGAAUGCGGCUAUAGACAGAGGUCUUCAGCCUGAUGACUGGACAUACAGUAACAUUGACUACAUGCGGAGGCAACUUAAACAGCUGAGCUUUUGUUUCAACUGGGAACGAGAGGUGACAACAUGUUUACCAGACUACUAUCGCUGGACUCAAUCCAUCUUUGUCAGAUUACUGGAAGCUGGUCUUGCUUAUCAGAAAGAAGGCAUCGUCAACUGGGAUCCCGUUGACCAGACAGUCCUAGCGAAAGAACAGGUUGAUGAGAAUGGUUGCUCAUGGCGGUCUGGAGCCAAGGUUGAACAACGACUACUCAAACAGUGGUUCCUGAAAAUGACCCAUUAUUCAAAGUCUCUACUGGAAGGGCUAGAUGAUCUGCCAGAAUGGCCUUCAGGAAUCAAGAGCAUGCAAGCUAAUUGGAUAGGAGAUUGCUCUGGAUGUGCUUUCAGCUUCAGACUUCAGUUACCUAGUAUAUUAGAAGAGUUGAUAUCAGUGCACACCCAGUAUCCGGAGUUGAUCUAUGGAGCAUCUCAUAUCAUCCUAGCCCCAACUCACACACUCCUCAAGAAACCUGAAUUCAUCCAGAAUCUUUCACAAGAUGUCAAGAUCAAGUUAGGGAGGCUGGAAUCCGAGAGAACAGAUGUAGAUCUUGGUGUCCAAGUUCUUCAUCCAUUCACACAGCAACCUCUGCCAAUGUUUGCAUCAAGUCAUAAGAGCUUUGAGGAGAAUGUUGAGUCGCAUCUAGGAAUCCCUUGCAGCGGGGUGGAAGAGGAUGCAGAGUUUGUUCUUCAGCAUGGCAUCAGAUAUGAGAAGGUCCUAGAGGAUGAGAGAAUUAUCAAUUCAGAUCAGCUCACCGGUAAAUCUAGGAAUGAAGCAAAGCCAGUCAUCAUGGAACGUGCCAGAGAGAUGGGGAUUGGUGGUCACAUGACCAGUCCCAGGCAAUUUGAUUGGUUGAUAUCAAGGCAACGCUACUGGGGUACUCCCAUUCCUGUUAUACACUGUCCAACUUGCCAGGCUGUUCCAGUUCCUCACGCUGACCUUCCAGUCAACCUUCCCAAGCUGGACUCCCUCUCAGGAAAGGGCUUGUCCCCACUUGCUGACCAGGUAGACUGGAUCAAUACGCAGUGCCCCAAGUGUGGGGGAGCAGCGAAAAGAGAAACAGACACCAUGGACACAUUUGUUGAUUCUUCCUGGUACUUCCUGAGGUAUACUGAUUCAACCAAUCAGGAGGAAGCAUUCAGAAAGGAGAAUGCUGAUUGGCUGCUGCCUGUGGAUGUCUAUGUAGGAGGAAAAGAACAUGCUAUCAUGCACCUCCUGUAUGCUCGAUUCAUCAACCAUUUCUUGCAUGACCAAGGUCUAGUAGCUCACAAAGAACCCUUCAAGAGGUUGCUUGUCCAAGGUCUUGUGAUGGGGCAGAGUUACAAGGUGGCAUCCAGUGGUCAAUAUAUCACGCCUGAUCAAGUAGAUCACUCAGGUUCUGCACCGGUCCAGAAGGAUACAGGAGAAGAGCUGGUUGUCAAAUGGGAGAAGAUGAGUAAAUCCAAGUACAAUGGUGUCGACCCGGAAGGAGCGAUAGAGGAGUAUGGUGUAGAUACUGUCAGGCUCUUCAUCUUGAGUGGUAUACCACCAGACCUAGAUAUGAUGUGGAAUGUUGAAGCAAUAACUGGAGUAGUCAGAUGGAAGAACAGGAUGUGGGGACUGGUGACCAGAUUUCAUGAUUUAAGAACUGAUAGUGAGAGAAAUGAUACCAGUCUACACAAAGAUCAUCAUGCUGAAUUAGAGAGAGAACUUAAAAUUCAACUCAACAAGGCUAUUAGUGAUGUUACCACUCACUUUGGCUCAGACUACAUGUUGAGCGUGGCAAUCAGUCGACUGAUGACCCUGACCAAUCAGCUGAGAGCAUACCCUGAUGACUUCAUCAAGCACUCUGUAGCCUUCCAGGAUGCUCUUGGGUCACUCUGCAUCAUGGUGGCUCCAAUGGCCCCACUCAUAGCCAGUGAGAUGUGGCAGGGGAUUGCGGGCUUUGCUAACACCAAAGAGAGUAGAUGGGACUGGACCAAAGCGGUGUUUGAGCAAAGAUGGCCGUCAGUGACUGAAUGUCAUCAGGUCAACGUGGAUACCAUUGAACUUGUUGUUAAGGUCAAUAAUAAGACAAGUGUGAAAGUUACAGUUCCACCAUCUUUACUGGAAAACAAGGAAGAGCUGGAGCAAUACUUACUAGACAGUGAGUUGGUCAGAGACCAUCUUGCUACAAAGACUAUUAAGAAGAUGAUCGUUGCAGCUAAAGUGCCCCUUGUCAAUUUUUUGACAAGGUGAUAUUUGCACCAAGAACUUCUUUGAUGAAUCCAGAAAAAAGAGCUUGGUUCUGAAAGGAACUACACCCAGAACGUUAUGGUACUUUUUGAACAACCAGAAUAUGCUGGAGGGAACUAGUGGAGAUGUCGUGCUGGAGUUGUCUUAGACAUCUGACUCCUCACAUGAAGGUCUGGGUUCCAAAACCGGCUUCAGCACUUAUGCCCCUGAGCAAGUCAUUUAAUUUACAUUGCCCUUUGCUGUCUUUCAUAUCAGAUGAUGCUGUUAAAGGUCAGUCCCAGACUUACAUUAUCAUAUCUAAUUCAUGCACGUCUGUUAAAAACCAAACACAACAUAUACAUGUGAUUCUUACAAUUCAAAGAGUUGGGCAGGCAUCAAUUUGCAUUACAAACUUUUUAUAAAGGGACUGUUUGAACUUGAGUGUUCAUAUUUCCCAAGGUGAUGUCCAGAUUAAGGACAUUUUCUUGUGAGUGUGUCACUCUGAAGAUCAUUAAAGCAUCUCAGUACAUCAGUUGACACUUUCUUGAUAUGAUACUUAUUUGACUUUAUGGCAAAAGAGGCGUGAACCUAAACUACUUAUUUACUUUACUUUACUCCAACGAUGUUGUAGGACUAAGCCUGAUCAUCGAUCAAAGUAGAGAUGUCCAUUGCUGCUCUCCUUCAGACAAAAUUACACAGAUGCACUACUUGUGUUGGCAGGGAGGGGUGGCAGGGGUAUCGUGGACAACAAAAAUUCAAUGAAAACACUUGAAAAUCAAAACAUCAUUCAAAGUCAUAGGCAAUCUUCUCCCAAUGCUUAUCGAGUCUAUUCUUAAAUGCAUUCACUGAACAAGCAGUAGCUACAUUUUCUGGGAGACUGUUCCACACAUCUAUCACCCGAUUAGCAAAGAAAAACUGACGUACAUCAAGAUGUGAAUAUUCUUUUCUCAAGCUUUAUUAGUGACCACAUGUUUUACCACUAUUUCUCAGACAGAAAAGCUCAGAACUUGUAUCAUAAAUAGUUCCGGCUUCUUACUCAAGGUAGAACAUUUUCAUUAUUUAGUCUUAAAAUUUUUGCCAGCUUUGCCCAUCAUCUUCUUUAACAACAUUCAUGCCAACAUACUUUGCCUAGAAUCAAGGAGUGCAGUAUGCUUCCAAGCUUUCAUUUAUUUUAAUAAAGUUCAAUUGGCUAUCUCCAUUGUUUAAAACCAAAAUUUCCAAUAUAUUUCCAAUUAUUUAAUGGAAAGGGUUAUGUACCAAUACUACCAUGAAGCAGAUGGGGCUAUGACAGGAGAUCCAUUGGGAUCUGUGUUUGUAGAAAAUUCAAUCUUGAUAAAUUCCCUGAUGGAAGGAAAAAAGCCCAUUGAACUCAAUGGCCCGUAUUCUGAAGUCAGGUUUAACUUAGUCCAUGGUCUAACUCUGUGCUAAAAUUAUGGGAAGCCAUAAGUGUCAAAAUUUUGAUUAAGUUGUAUGUUUCUUAUGUUUACUGUGCUCUUUCCUGAUUCAUCGAUGAUGCAGACAAUAAUCUAUACUUCCUAGACAAUUAUUAAUGAUUUGAGAGCCAAAUGAGCUGAAAUAUGAUAUCUCUACUCUUAGUGAUUUAUGUAACAAUUGGCUAUCCAUACUUAAACCACAAGUUUAUACCUGAGUUUAAGUUAAACCCGACUUCAGAAUACGGGCCAUUAACUUGAUUAUGAGGUACACCUUCUGGUCUGCCCCCUCCUACCAUAGUCGUGCACUGCCGGAGAUCUUUUAACCCCAAAGCCAGAUCUUGUAACCUCCACUGGACAGGUCUUGUGUAGUGACCCGACAAGAAGAAGAAGAUGAGGUACAUAUAUAUUUUCACAUUUAUAUUUGGUGCAAUAUUUAGGCCUACUUUGUAAUAACUCCUGAAAGGAUGACUGGGCUUCCUAAAGUGAAGCUUAGAUCAGUGUAAGUUUUUUUUUUUUUUUUUACAACUAUUCUCUUUUUCUAUAUUGUAUUGUAUUGUAUUCCGUUUGAAGGAGCUUAUUGUAAAUUGAUAUUUACAUUAAAUGAUGAAUUUUGUGAAUUUGA